AUGUCAGAGGCCCAAAUACCAGCCAAGAAGCCUCGUGGUGUGCGGAAAGAUCGCCAUUGUCAUCAGUGCCGACUGAAAGGAGCCAAGUGCGAUCUGAACCGUCCAACAUGCCAGCUCUGCCAACAAACAGGCGCAUCAUGCCGUUACCCGCACCGAGUGAAAUGGAUGACCGAUACCAACUUGAAACCAGACGUCAAAGAUCAUACAGCUAGAAAAGGGGCCAGCCAAGUCCAGAGGAUCCCCAAUAAAAAUUCAAGCAAGUGUCCGCCUACAGAUAGCAGCUCGCCGAUCAAUCUGUACGGCUUCAUCGACCUUAUUUCUCACUUUUACCAAGACAUCCAAACCAGCAGCCAAGACUUGCCGGACGAAACCAUCCAACUCAUCUCUCGCACAUUAAAUUUUGCCAAGUCGCGCCUCCAAGGGCCUGACUGGCAAUCCAUCCAGUCACAUUUAGUGGCCCUGACGAACCUCAGCCAAGUGAUUGAAUCCGGACACCCCAUCGCGCUAUUCGGAAUCGCUACUUUCGCCAUCUUCGAAGUUUGCUGUGGGCCUUUUGGCCAGUGGCAUCGUCAUUUACAUGGAGCACGCUCACUUCUCGAUAUCCACUGCCGUUCCAAGGGUGAUAUUGGUCGGUUGGCAUCCCAAAUGCCCGGACUCACGGACGUUCUAGCUUAUCUUGUCUGGUUUGAUGUGACUGGAGCUCUUAUCAGAGAAAGCGACUUAAUAUUCGACGACUGGCAUCGUGAGAUUAUGUCAAGCCAGUUCCUCGCUUCUGUUGGGUGUCCGCCAGAUACGUUCGAGCUGCUUGCGCAUUUAUCCAAACCCGGCACAUCCUUGGAUUCCACGGAUCUCAAGCGCCAGAGCCAUGGAGCAGACCCUAUGCCUGGAUUCGAGCGACGGGACAGAUCGCGGGCUGACAGCGCUGAUUUAUCGGUGCACAGCGGCUAUGGGCGCGCUGGGGAUUUUGAUCGCUGGGAAGGGCGAAGGCUCUCCGUCCGCUCGGUACGAAAACGUCAUAUCUUCCUUGGUGGAUCGAGUGUGCGGCGCGAUCUCGAAGAUCCCACGAUCAUCGCAGUUCUACGUGCAUUUGGCGACCCCUGCAUAUUUGACUGGGGUGUACGCAAGCCAAACACAACAGUGUGA